AUGAAGUGGAAACGUCAGACCCUGGUCUCCGGAGACACCUCCGAAGAAGAGAUCGGCCACAGUUACUUGGGCACUUUGAUGUAUGGUCGCUAUCAACGCGACCUAAGCGAAGCGGCCAGAGAGGAAGCGAGAAGACUGAGGAGACUGAGAAAGAGAAGACGAAAAGACGACAAGCUCCGGCAAAAGGAGCUCGAGGCUACAGGCAAACACAGGCCGAGAGGGAAGGUGUUCAAAGUAUUAGGCUACGUGUGGCGGCACACUUUCGCGAGGCUCGGCGAGGACUGGGUGUUCCUGGCGCUUCUGGGGAUCAUCAUGGCCGUGCUCAACUUCGCGAUGGACAGGGGCAUCGCGGUCUGCAACAAUGCCCGCGUCUGGAUGUACAACGACCUGGCCACCUCCACCUUCAGCCAGUACGUGGCGUGGGUCUCGCUGCCCGUCUGCCUCAUACUCUUCGCGGCUGGAUUCGUGCACAUAGUCGCCGCCCAAAGCAUCGGUUCCGGGAUACCGGAGAUGAAAACAAUCCUGCGCGGUGUGCAUCUAAAAGAGUACCUCACGUUCAGAGCGCUCAUUUCGAAGCUCAUCGGUCUCACCGCGACCCUGGGGUCCGGUUUGCCGCUGGGUAAAGAGGGCCCAUCCGUGCACAUCGCGUCCAUGGUGGCGACCCUGCUGUCUAAGCUGGUGACCCGUUUCCAAGGGAUCUACAUCAACGAGUCGCGCACCACUGAGAUGCUGGCGGCGGCCUGCGCCGUGGGGGUGGCUUCCUGCUUCGCGGCGCCCGUCGGGGGGGUCCUGUUCUCCAUCGAGGUCACGACCACCUACUUCGCGGUGAGGAAUUACUGGCGCGGCUUCUUCGCCGCCUGCUGCAGUGCCAUAAUGUUCCGUCUGCUGUCGGUGUGGUCCGGCGCGCUGCCCACCGUGAAGCCGCUGUUCCCCACCAAUCUGCCCCAGGACUUCCCCUUCGACCCGCAGGAGUUCGCGGUCUUCGUGCUCCUGGGGAUCAUUUGCGGUUUGCUGUCAGCGCUGUGGGUGUUCCUGCAUCGGCAGUACGUACUCUUCAUGAGGAACACGAAGACGCUCAGCAACUUCCUGCAGAAGAACCGCUUCAUCUACCCGGGGCUGAUGACGCUGGCCGUGAUGUCGGUGCUGUUCCCGCCGGGCGCGGGCCGCUUCAUGGCCGCCGACCUGGGCAACCAGGAGCAGGUGCUCUCGCUGAUGGCCAACUUCACCUGGUCGGACCAGCUCAGCGCCGAGCAGGCGGCCAUCGUGGCCCACUGGCGCACGCCCGAGAUGGACCACUUCGGCUGCCUGGUGGUCUACUUCGUCUCCAUCUUCUUCCUGAGCAUGGUGGCGUGCACGCUGCCCGUCCCGGCCGGCAUCUUCGUGCCGGCCUUCAAGAUGGGCGCCUGCCUGGGCCGGCUCACGGGCGAGAUCAUGCACGUCCUGUGCCCGCUGGGCGUGGCCUACGGCGGCCACGUGCAGAAGAUCCUGCCGGGUGGUUACGCGACCGUCGGUGCGGCAGCUUUCACCGGCGCCGUCACCCACACCGUCUCCACCAUCGUCAUCGUCAGCGAAAUGACAGGGCAGGUGACGCACAUCCUGCCCGUGAUGGCCGCCGUGCUGGCGGCGAACGCGGUAGCCUCCCUGCUGCAGCCCUCCUGCUUCGACAGCAUCAUCCUCAUCAAGAAGCUGCCAUACCUGCCGGACCUGCUCUCCUCUGCCAGCCGCAUGUACGACAUUUGCGUGGAGGACUUCAUGGUGCGCGACGUGAAGUACAUAUGGAACAGGAUGACCUUCCAGCAGCUCAAGGAUAUUCUCAAAGAGAACAAGACCAUAAAGAGCUUCCCGCUGGUGGACAGUCCGGCUUCGAUGGUCCUGCUCGGCUCCAUCCACCGCUGGGAGCUGGUGAAGGUGAUCGAGAAGGCGGUGGGGCGGGAGCGGAGGCUGCAGGUGGCCGCGCUUUGGCUGCGCGAGGCCGAGCUAAGGAGGAAGCACGAGGAGGCCACCAGGGUCAGGCGUCCCUCAAGGUUCGAGGUGACUCCGGCGCCGGAUAUGCUGCAGGUGCCCGGCAGCGGCAUGACCAGGGGCUCGUCGCUCACCACCAAGGACCAGGGCGGGCUGAUUCCAGCCCCCGGGCAGCUGUUCCGGCCGAAGUCGAUCCUGAAGAAGACCAACUCGUUCACGCUCAGCCGCGGGCUGGUGGGGCCCACCUCGCCCCACACGCCCCUCACGCCCCUCACGCCCCAGCCCUCGGUCUACACCACCGUCACCGGCGCGGAGACCAGGAUCCGCGCGGCGUUCGAGGCCAUCUUCAAGCGCUCCACGCUGCUGCAGGACGUGGAGGGCGGGCUGGGCGAGGGCGCCCCUCGGGAGCCCCUGCCGCGCAGCCCCUCCAUCAACAAGAAGGUGCAGCUGCCGCGCGAACGGGUCUGCGACAUGUCGCCGGAAGACCAGAAGGCGUGGGAGCAGCUGGAGAUGGCCAAGGAGAUAGACUUCGACCGCAUGCUGCAGAUCGCCAGGAAGAGGGAUAUGCAUCCGGACGACGGUGACUACGAGGAUGAGCAGCUGUACAUCUGCCACAUAGAUCCAGCGCCCUUCCAGCUGGUCGAGAGGACCUCACUGCUAAAGGUACACUCGUUGUUCUCCACGCUGGGAGUGAGCAGGGCGUACGUGACGGCCAUCGGCCGUUUGAUCGGCGUCGUAUCCCUCAAAGAGCUGCGCAAAGCCAUCGAGGACGUGAACUCCGGCGCCCUGACGGUGAGCAGCCGCCCGCAGCCGCCCACCACGCCGCCGCCGCCCCUCAUCCGCGUCACCACCACCACCGCCGCCACCACCACCACCACCACCACGCAGCCCGCGCCGCCCAGCGACAGCGAGACGGCGCGCCUCACCACCACC